CAACUCAAGAGGAUUCCGCAGCAGCUUCCCUUUCGAAGACUCCCCGUCUGAAGAGCGAACUUGACUUGAGUAGUCGACCGGCAACCCUCGCCGGAAAAGGUAAGGUUCCGACCGAAGAUGGCGGGUUCAAGCACUUGGGUUUUCUCUUUGAAAGCUCUUUUGAUUUCGAUUGGCGUUGUGUCCAUAGCCGUGAUGAUGAAGUUCUCUGUUCCAUUGGUGAUGAGCUUUCUGGCGAAUGAAGUGCCUCUGAUCUGGUCCAUUUUGAUUUCAUGGCUGAGGCCUCCUUAUCUCUACUUCGUCAUCAACGGCAUCAUCAUCACGAUAGCCGCCACUUCUCGCUUCCACCACAAGAAUGAAUCGGAGGCGCCGAUUGUUCCACCGAAGCCACCGCAUCCGGAUCUGACCUUGGAUUAUGCGGUGCCACCUCAGCAGGAGUUCGGUGUAGCGUCGCCGACGGGGUACGAGAGCGGCAUACCGGUUCCGGAGGUGAAGACUGUUGUGAUGGAGGAUCCGGAGGUCAAGACUGUGGCAAUGAACGGUCCAAAAUCCGAGGAAGACGAAGACGAAGAAGAAGAAGAAGAAGCGUUUGUGAUCUCGAAGUCGACGUGGACGCCGCCGAAGAGGAUGGACUCGUCGGAUAUUCAGCCGGAGUAUCUCCUCCCGGUUCCGGAGAAACCUCCCGUUUCUUCAAGAAUCGGUCACCGGAAACCUUUAAAAGUCAGCCCGGAAGGUGGGCGGGCGGCGUUGAGGAGGGUGGCUAAGCCGAAGAAGCAGGAGACGUUGGAGAGUACGUGGAAGACGAUAACCGACGGCCGUCACGUGCCGCUCAGGAGGCACCUGAGGAAGUCGGACACGUGGGAGCAUGACGGCCGUCCGUUCAACAUCCCCCAGCCGCAGUACCACUCGCCGCCGGUCGCGAAGAAAUCGGAGACGUUCAGGGACCGCACGAAUUACGAUCCGAACACGCCGUCCCCCGGGUCCGGCAAGCUCCGGAAAGAGCCGUCGCCGAGUCAGGAAGAGUUGAACCGCCGAGUCGAAGCGUUCAUAAAGAAGUUCAACGAGGAGAUGAGGCUGCAGCGCCAGGAGUCGGUGAGACAGUACUUGGAGAUGAUCAACCGUGGGGCCCACUGAAUUUUUAUUUUUAUUUUUGGGUGUGUUUUCCUGAAGAAAGAAAGAAAGGUAAAGUGUUAAAAAGAAAAUUUGAAUUGAAUUAAUUUGUUUGUUACUUAGAAGAAGAGGCUACAACAGCCUCCUCGUGGUAGUUGUUACAGAAAUCGUAAUGAAAUUGAGGAGAAUUAUUAUUAUUAUUAUUGUUAUUAUUAUUAUUAUUAUUGUUAUA